AUGGCGUCCCCGGCGCUGGCGGCGGCGCUGGCGGCGGCGGCGGGCCCCAACGUGAGCGGCGUCGGCGAGGGGGGCAGCGGCGGGGCCGCCAACGCCUCGGGGGCUGCCUGGGGGCCGCCCCCGGGCCAGUACUCGGCGGGCGCCGUGGCGGGGCUAGCGGCCGUGGUGGGCUUCCUCAUCGUCUUCACCGUGGUGGGCAACGUGCUGGUGGUGAUCGCUGUGCUGACCAGCCGCGCGCUGCGUGCGCCGCAGAACCUCUUCCUGGUGUCACUGGCCUCGGCUGACAUCCUGGUGGCCACGCUGGUCAUGCCCUUCUCGCUGGCCAAUGAGCUCAUGGCCUACUGGUACUUCGGGCAGGUGUGGUGCGGCGUGUACCUGGCGCUCGACGUGCUCUUCUGCACCUCGUCCAUUGUGCACCUGUGCGCCAUCAGCCUGGACCGCUACUGGUCCGUGACGCAGGCUGUCGAGUACAACCUGAAGCGCACACCGCGCCGCGUCAAGGCCACCAUCGUAGCCGUGUGGCUCAUCUCGGCCGUCAUCUCCUUCCCGCCGCUCGUCUCCCUCUACCGCCAGCCCGACGGCGCCGCCUACCCGCAGUGUGGCCUCAAUGACGAGACCUGGUACAUCUUGUCCUCCUGCAUCGGCUCCUUCUUCGCGCCCUGCCUCAUCAUGGGCCUGGUCUACGCGCGCAUCUACCGUGUGGCCAAGCUGCGCACGCGCACGCUUAGCGAGAAGCGCGAGCCCGCGGGCCCCGACGGCGCGUCCCCGACCACGGAGAACGGGCUUGGCGCGGGAGAAAACGGGCACUGCGCGACCUCGCGCCGCCCGCGCGCCGAUGUGGAGCCGGAGGACAGCAGCGUGGCGUCCGAGAGGAGGCGGCGCCGAGGCGCGCUGCGGCGGGGCGGGCGGAGGCGCGCGAGCGGCGAGGGGGCCGCGGACGGCGAGGGGGCGGGGCCCGGGACGGGGACGGCCGAGCCGGGCGCGAUGGCCGCUGCGAGGUCCCCGGCCCCUAGCUGGCGCCUGUCGCGCGCCAGCUCGCGUUCCGUCGAGUUCUUCCUGUCGCGCCGGCGCCGGGCGCGCAGCAGCGUGUGCCGCCGCAAGGUGGCCCAGGCGCGCGAGAAGCGCUUCACCUUCGUGCUGGCGGUGGUCAUGGGCGUGUUUGUGCUCUGCUGGUUCCCUUUCUUCUUCAGCUACAGCCUGUAUGGCAUCUGCCGCGAAGCCUGCCAGGUGCCCGGCCCGCUCUUCAAGUUCUUCUUCUGGAUCGGCUACUGCAACAGCUCGCUCAACCCGGUCAUCUACACCGUCUUCAAUCAGGACUUCCGGCGCUCUUUCAAGCACAUCCUCUUCCGACGGAGGAGAAAGGGCUUCAGGCAGUGA